CGGCCACGCGAGACAGGGCGUGCCUUCCCGGCCGGACAGAAUAAUCCCAAAGCCAAAUGGUUUGGCGAAGCCCUAGUUGACGACCGAUUAUUUCUUGAUGGGAUCGUAAAGAAGGCGGGCAAAAGAAAAUCCCUUUCUCACUCGGGCUCAGUUAUGGUGGCCGAUCAAAAAGGAGUACUGGGAAUUGCAGUUCCAGGAGUGGAGAAACACCAAUAUCAGGCAUCGGCAAAACCAACCGGUCUUAAUUAUUAUGGCCUCUGCACCUUCGCCGGAAUAUUCAGUGCCGGCACUACCCAUCUAGCUAUCACGCCUCUCGAUGUCAUCAAAGUCAACAUGCAGCUGAAUCCUAUCAAAUACCACACGAUCUCCACUUGCUUCGCCACUCUACUGAAGGAGCAAGGGCCAUCCACGUUUUGGCGAGGCUGGGCAAGCAAGUUCUUCGGCUACGGCCUCCAAGGUGGCUGCAGAUUCGGGUUAUACGAAUACUUCAAAACCCUCUACUCAAAUGUCAUCCCUUCUGACUACCAGCGCAACCGUAGCAUCAUAUUCUUCACCAGUAGCGCCACGGCCGAAGUCUUCGCCAACCUCUGCCUCUGCCCUUUCGAAGCCAUCAAGGUUAAAGUUCAAGCACAGCCACAUUUCGCCAAGGGACUGCUCGACGGCUUCCCAAAGCUAUAUGCAUCCGACGGCCUCCUUGGGUACACUACUACUCUCAAGUCACCAUUCCUCUCCACAAUCCGCACUCUUCCUUUUCUAACUUGUGCGUUUUCUUAUUAUUAUGGUCACAGUUUCUACAGAGGUCUUGUCCCACUCAUGGGUCGAAACAUUCCAUUCUCGAUGGUGAUGUUCUCGACGUUUGAGCACACGGUGGAUUUCCUAUACCGCAAAGUGGUGAAAGCGAGGAAGGAGGAAUGCACGAAAUGGCGCCAGCUAGGGAUCACAUGUGUGGCUGGAUAUGCAGCUGGCUCUGUCGGCAGCGUAAUAACUAACCCCGCCGACAACCUUGUUACUCAUCUUUACAACAGGAAGGGGGAUGGGCUUAUCACGGCUGUGAAAAAGAUUGGUUGUCUCAACUUGUUUACGAGGAGCCUUCCCAUCAGGGUAAUCCUCGUUGGACCUGCCGUGACCCUGCAGUGGCUGCUCUUUGACAGCGUUAAAGUUUUCAGUGGCUUGCCAAGCAGCGGAGAAGUCAGGACUGACGUUGGAUAGCACGAGCAGGGUAUCGGACAACGAAUGCAGGAUCGCAGGCCGAGGAAUUACAGCUUAACAGCGCUCUGGUAUCAGAGUUUCAGCACAGGGUUACUGAUUUUUGUUCCUUCUGUAUACUGGGGAGAGGAUCAAAUCAAUGCCGAGGCUUUAAAAUAAAAGUUCACUGAGUGAACAAAUUAUUACAUCUGGGAAACCAUUUGUUAACUUCUCCAUUGCAGUCUGUAAUGACAAAUAUUAUGAACAAGCAAAUUAAUGCAACUGUUCUAACUGUUAAAGUACACCACAUCUUAUUCCCAGUAUGAUGCAAGAAUGAAGAUAAACAAACAGGAUAAUACAAUUGCUGGAAGAAGGAAUAAAAGACAAACGUAUA